AUGACGACCAGUACACAAAAAGGAGAAGUGUAUAAAUCCCGUCUUCAAUUCGUUGAUACUAAACGACCGAAAAGUUAUCGUAAUCUGAAUAAUUCAUCACUGAUAGGCUUUGGAUCAGAUAUAUCGUAUACAUCAUCAAAACAAUCGCAAUCUGCGGUCUACAAUGGCACCGGUGUGAACGAUCCUGGAUAUAGCACAGGCUAUGUUGGCAAAGCAUUGAGUUUGAAUGGCUCACAAUAUGUAACGACGCCAUUUAUCAAUUUCGCUAAUUCAAGUUUCACCGUCGAAGCCUGGAUUCAACCAGUGACAUUGGUUAUAAAUGGACCAGAUUAUGCCGUAUUUGGGGAAUGUGAUCUUAGCGGUGCUGCAAAAGAUAAUUGUAUGCAUUUAAUUCUGAGAAAUUUCAAUCCAUAUAGUAUAUAUAUGGGAUUUUGGGUCGAUGAUCUUGUGAGUCGAACAACAUUGCCAGCUAGUCUCGCAGGCACUUGGUUGCAUGUGGCAUUUGUUUAUGAUUUUUCCAUUAAACAACAAAAUAUCUAUCGCAAUGGUUACAAUGAUGGGCAAGCAAAUUUAACUGGAACACCUGCUGCUUAUGUGGGCACAUCAGGUCUGGUCAAUAUAGGUGCUUUUCAAACAAAUAAUCAAUUCAAGGGACUUAUUGAUCAUAUGUUCGUGAGCAAUCGGGCUAAGAGUGCUUGCGAAAUCCUGGAUGAUGCAACUCUAGUUGCCUAUUUUUCAUUUGAUUCUGGUUCUCUACAAGACAGUGGCCCGAAUUAUUUCACUGGUACCAUCACAUCUGGUGUGACCACUGUCAGUGGUUAUGUCAAUCAAGCUUUGGCAUUCGGUGCAUCGAGUACCUACUUUUCUGUCGGUAAUCUGGUCGCAUUGGGGACAUCGAAUAAAGCUUUUUCAUUUUCACUUUGGGUCAAACCAACCGCAUACACCGGUGUUGGGACGAUUGUUCAUGUAGCAAAUGGAGCCGACGGCUAUACCAACGGUGUCUCUCCAUGGUGUGCACCAUUUAUCGGAUUGGAUUCUUCAAACAGACUUAUUGCUCAAUUAUGGAAUGGAUCUGCAAUCCCUAUAGUCGGUUCUACACUUUCGUUGAAUGUGUGGACACAUAUUGUUGAAACUUACAGUACGACCAAUGGGGUUAUUUUAUACGUGAAUGGAAUUCAAGUGGGAACCACGGGAGCUGCAAGUUAUUCUGCAAGUGAGGUUCCAGAUUAUGUUUUACUUGGUUAUUACGGAUCGUCGGGUUCUAAUUGCCAAACAGGUUCUAUCACUGCAGGGCAAUUCACUGGAGCCAUUGAUGAAUUUCGAAUCUACAGUCGAGAACUGAGUCUAACUGAUGCAUGUGUUCUUGCAAAUCAAUGA